AUGCUUUCAAGCACAGCAAUUACGCCGUGCUCUGGGUCAGUAGACCAAUACAAUCUACUUUGUGGCGUUCAGAACAGUUUACCCGUCGACAGCAAAACGUAUUACUAUGAAUUAAAAAGCAAUUUUUACGACGUGUUACGUCUCUAUCCAACCAAAGAGAUUUUUGAGCUCUUUGAAAAACUAAUAGAGAUCCCUGUGAAUUAUAAGGCAUUGGAACCACAAUUAUUUUCCGCUCUUUUAGAACUUAUAGAAAAGGAACAAAAUGAUGACGUGUCCAAAGUGCUAAUUCGGUCCGCAAUGAAAAUAGCGCCAUUCAACUUGACACAGACCAACUUCCAGAAAAUCAUUUCGUAUUAUAAAACACUCAACCCGAUGCAAACUUCGUACUUGACGGGGUACCUCAUCGAAAGUGGGUUGAACCAAUCAAUUAAAGGGUGGUACUUAUUCAACGGGCUAAACACUACACUCUCAUUUAUCACUCAACUGAAGUCAUUUCCAGUCACGUCGUUUGCUCUUUCUUCACAGUUCCAAAUCGAUCACAUCGACACAAAUGCGACCCCUUAUGUAUUCAUGUUCGAUGCAACAACAAUCAAAAUCACGUGUAUGAUCGAUGGGAGUACCAAACAUCUUGUCAUCAAGAGAGAAACGAUACGGAAGAAAGUCACGAAUGAGAACAAAACCGUUUCGUCUCCGUCUCAAAAGUGUUACUCGACGGGCAUGUCCUUCACAAAAGAAUACGACACUGAUGUCGAGAUAAAAAUAGGCGUAUGGAAUUCGGUCGUCAUCUUUUGCUCUGAAAAACAUUUUGUCAUUCAAAUCAAUGACACGCAAAAGGUCUUUGAUGUCUUAGACCAUUUCCAAUUCAAUCAAAAUGUCGUGUUUCAUAUUGGGGGCAAAAAAAAUAGUGUUGGGUCGUUAUUUAUAGGCAAAAUCAGUGGUAUUAAAAUGUACUCGGACUGCAGUGACAUCAAAGAGAUAGCAGAGAGAAAGUGGUACGACUUCGACGAUUGGAAAGUCCCACAACAAGAGGUGCAACGAGGGAAACUCAUUUUGAAUAUUGGAGUUGUGAAAGAGCAGAGUUCGAAUGAAGAACCUUUUGUGAGAACAUUUGGAACAUGUGAGAAUAUGGCUCCAUAUGAAGGAGUUCUGUUGUAUGAUGUUAAAACGACUUAUUUUGUCCAUCCAAUUGUCGAGUUUUUACAAAGGAAGUUGACUGACAUUUUUGGAGAUGAAAAUAAUAUUUUGGAUCUGGUGAGGAUUAUCACACAAAUACCAAAAGAAAAUAUUCAAAGUGUUAUUAAACUGUUGUUUGGUGUGAUGGUAUCUGAGAGAAGUGUUUUGGAGUGUUGUGUUGAGAGACAUAUCAUCACUUUUAUGUUUGAUCAACUUGAGUUGGUGAUACUGAACAAGAGUGAUGAGAUCAUAGUGGAACACAUUAAAUUGGCGUGUGGGAUAAUGAAUAUGGCGCUGAAUAAAAUGUUUCUUAAAAUGACUUUUAUGAGGCUUUUUAGUCUUCCAUACAAAUUGAGUGCGUUGCAACAAACCGUUUUUAUCAAAGAAAUCAACGGGAUUUUACCACAAGAGCGCAAGUUUGAAAUAUUCAAAGAAGUCACGUGUCAAGAGAUAUUAAAAUUGUUAAGUGGUGAUAUGGAGAUUAAAACAAAGGUUUGGAUGUGUCAGUAUAUGAUGAGUAUAUUAGAUAAUGAAGAACUGUUAUUUGAUGAAUGCCUCAAUCUAUUAAAUUCGGACAAUUGGAUAGUGUUUUACAUCAUCACUUACUUCUUAAAUAAAAACUUGACGAUGUACCAAAUAAAACUACUUCCAUAUAUUGAACAAAUUCAUUGUAAAAUCAAAUCACAAAAUGAAUUAGUGGCUCGCCUAUGUUUGCAGAUUUGGUCUGAAAUAGGAGGGAAAGGGAAAUACGAAACAUCAGUCUGCUCGUAUGGGAUGUACACCACUUGUCUGUAUUUGUCGUACUUUAUGAAACCUCACAUUGACGAAGAAAAUCCGACACUUCAAGAUGUUGAUUUUCAACGAGCUGUAAAUUCAGGAGAACAUUGCAGUGUGUUGCCGUAUUACCUUGAAACACUCCACCCACCAUUUACUACACAAGAGAAAGAGAUCAUCACGAAUAUUAUGAAAGACAUCGGGUCAUGUAGAGGGACUCAUAAUAUAUAUCAAAUUGUUUCAAGUGUCUCCACGUGGGCGGAUUCAUUAGGUAAAAUAGUUGUUGAGUUUAUAGAUGAUAGUGAGAUGCCGGCAGUGAUGAAAAUCUUUUACAAUGCGAUGAAAGUGACGAAAACGCACAUUAAAACUGUCAUUGAUAUUGUUCGGCUGUUACUCCCCGACAAUAAACAAUUUCUCAAAUUUCUUCUUUCACUCAUUUCAUUAUAUAUAUGCGAGGGAGAGUGUCACAUUGAAGUUGGUGUUAUACUUUCUGUUGUGUGUCUCAACACAGGAUAUGGGAUUGAUCCAAUGACAAAAAGUUUGUUGGACGAGUACGAGUUGGUUGAUGCAUAUGUCACGUUCUUAUCACUUCAUUGGCUAAGUGAUGAAUGGGUCGAUUAUUUUAACAAAGAAGGAUAUAAGGAUAUUUACAUCUUAUUUGUUCGACUCUUUAUUCUUCAUAUCAAAGUUCUUAUCAUGUCGGGGACAUUUAAUGUCGACCAAUUCAAACCAAUUUGUUCGUUUCUUAAUUUCAUAAUACCAUUGAUACCACAGAAUGUGUCACUCUCCUUUUUUGUGUGGUAUCUCCAUGAGGUCCAAAGUCUCUUUAAAAUUCUUCCAAAUUCUCUUGUGUUAAUAGAAGAAGACCUUCUUAAACCAAUACCAUCUAUUCGAUGUGCUAAUAAGUGCUUCUAUGAAAACCUAAAGCGUAUAUUUGACGACUUCACAUUCAAAAAUGUGUUAGAAAGAGAAGUGGAAGACCACUUAAAGAAGCAUCAAGAGGAACUGAAGAAGAUCGAGUUGAGUUACUUUGAUGAGGUGGUUUUACUCGAGCUCCCAAAAACACGGACGAAACAAAAGACGCGUUCGAUGAGUUCACUCUUUAAAGCAAUUAACCUCAUCUCUCGUUCAAAUUCAAGCUCGUCUCCAAAGACUAGAAACACCCCAUCCCCUCGGCAACAACAAUCAAUCUUGUGGCAAGACGGCGAUAUGACCAAUUUCAAAUAUCUGCAAUUUAUUAAUGAAAUGGAGAAGCAACAGAUCUUCCCAAAAAUCUGUUCGGAUUUUAGUGGAAGUCUGGAGGACAUCUACUUCUCCUCCAAACUCUUUCCUGUGAUUAUAUUUGACACUUUUAACUCACGGAAAGAAAACAUGAAAGUGAAAUCAAUUGAAAACGUCUUGGGAAACUUUCCACAGGGAUGGUUCUGUGAUCUCAACAGCCUGAAGAACUCGAAAUUUCCGGAAAAUUUUGCAAAGACGCCACGACAGUGCUUGCAGAAUAUGCAGGUGCUUUUGGAGUCGCCUAAAAUAUCAAAGACGUUGCAUAAGUGGAUAUCUGCGACGUUUCUAAAUUACAGAAAAGAGAAGGAAAGAAACUACACAUACAAUUUUGAUAAGCUUGUGAACAUCUUCCGGUGCGAUUUCAAAGUGACGAAAGAGCCACUCUAUUGCGACAAAUUGGAGUUUCAAAAGGACAAGUACCGAUUUUUGAAAAUCGAGAUGAAUAACAACAACUUCUGCGUCAUUACAGAAAACAGUAUUCAAGCCGUGUUGUUGAAACACGUCAAGAAGGGGUUUGUAUUGGGAGAAGUGUUCCACGGGUGUGUGCAAGACGUCUGUGCACCGACGAAAGAAGGCAUUGUGAUGGGCAAAAUAGGGUUGAAGAAUGUGACCAUUCGUGAUAUUGUGAUAAAGAGUGGGUAUGUCCUACGGGUAUGCGUGUGUGGGUAUAUCAUAGUGAUUGUGACAAAAGAUGAGAUCAAGUUUGUGACAACGGAGGGGAGUCUAAUAGAGACCAUCAAAGGAGAAUAUGUAUUGUGUGUAGAAAACAGUGUUGUACUCCUUCAAAGUAAGAUUUGUCGGAAUAGAAUUUUGAAGUGGAAAAAUGGGAACAUCCAACUUGAUGUGACAGUCGAUGAGACUAUUUUACAUUUGACUGCUGGAAAAGAUGUGACAUAUUUAUUAUCAAGUGAUGAGAAAAUUGUGUGUCUCGACGAAGCAGGAAAUCCAUAUUUGUCAAGCCAAUUCAAAGACGUUGAACGUGUUGUCGAUAUGAAAGUGAUGAGUUGCGCUAUGUUCGAUUUCGUCAUUAUCGCAACACAAAGCGAAGUAUCAGUUCUGUGUAAUCGCCAUGUAGAACUCGUCCAUUUGGCAACGUUUGAAAUCGAAUAUUGUGAUGGCUGUGCCAAAAGAUUAGUAAUACCAGCUGAAGUUUCAGACUCCCCUGAAAAUUGGGUCUUUUGUGUUAUUACAGAGACUGAAAAUAUUGAAAAAACUUUACUCUAUAGACUGGACUACGUCACUUUGACUAAAUUGUGA